AUGUUGCGCCUCUUGUCCUGGACAGGCUGUGAUAAGGUCAACUCCCCAGAAAUGAGGAUGUUUGUCCCCAAGCAAGAUUCUCCGGGAUCGGGUGUGCUCACCAUACCUUCCUCAAACAAACGCAAACAAACCACCGAUCAUCACGGUCAGUCAGAGAGAAAACGGGCCAGAAUUGUGGAUAAAAGAAAGAACGGGUCUGUAAACGUGCCCAACAACUCUGCCCCGACUCUCUCUUCUGAUGGCCGGACCAACACUCCGCCCACUACCCCCGGGCCGCCAUCAUUCCUACCAUCACCCCCAGAUCUCAAGAUAGCGGAGUCGGGAAUGCCAGACAUGACGUCGCCCGUGAAGGACGCUGCGGCAGUGCGAUUGGAAUCGGUUCGCAAUGUCAUUCAGACACAAAUCAGCCUGGAAAUCCUUCUGAAGCACAAAGAACUUCGGCUGAUUGAGCAAGAGAUGGCAAAAUGUCAAGUGGCUCUAGAGCAACUUCGUCGAUGCAAAGAGAUUCCUUAUCCGGGAACUCAACAACCCUUUCUGGCUGUCUGCAAUGGUACCGGACCUGCUCUUCGAAGCUCUUUUCCGACUCCUCUCCCUCAAUCUCCCGCUCCAUGGGGCGUCCGAGACGGGCCUUACACGAGGCACUAUGCGAAAUGGCUCCUUCCGGAUCCCCUCUUUGAUGGUGGUGAACCCGAACCGGCAUACGACAUUCCGGCUGGCAAGUCUCCGAUGAAGUCGAGGUCCACUCGAGGAAGCUACGCGGACGGAUUUCAUACAUCAAGCCAGUCUCGUGCACAACGCAGCGGCCAUCUCAAAGCCUUACCCAGUGGAAACGUUCCGCCCAAAGAGAAGAGCCACAAUCCGACCAUCGUCGAAAGGAAGUCUGACGGUUUGAUGGUAAGACUUGUCUGCCCAGACUGUGGUCGACAUGACUUUGGCAGUGCCCAAGGUUUCAUCAACCACUGUCGCAUCGGACACGGCAGGCUUUUCGCAAGUCAUGAUGCGGCAGCGGAUGCCUGUGGAGAACCAGUGCAAGUCGAUGCAUCUGGAGCAGUGAUUGGCGCCGAACCCACGGUGCCAUCUACUGCCGGAAAUGUUCAUCCACUCAUUCGUUCGGCCAAACUCCUCCAGCCCUCCGUUCUUGCCGCACGGUCGUCUUCUGCAACAAAAGACUCGGCCGGGGUUUCUCAAUCCCAAGAUAUCUCACCUGACUUCAAGGCGUCGGUCUUGACACCAAACCUUUCGGAACUGGUCAAGAAUAAGGGACUUGGCCUCGAUCUUCAAGAGAUGGUAUCAGAUGCCAAGACGAAAGUUGAAAUGCCCGAAUCGGAAUCGGAGGAUGAUGAGAUGGAUUUGGUGGACGUGCCAGUGCCGAACGCAAUUCAAGGUCGCCAUCCGCAAGUUGCCGGCACCAAACCACCUCGAAAACCCGCCAAAUCUCCUGCGUCUUCCCCAUUGUUGAGCUCCAACAUGUUGAGCACUCCGGCAGCUUCGCGGGCACCAGCAGCGGGGUUACAACAACACGGUGGCGCUAGCGAAUCUUUCGCCCCGCAACGUCCUCGAGGAAUGACUCUGCCCAUGAGUCAGCCUUCUGCAAUACAGCUUCAACCUUCGGAUCCAUCACCCACCAGUGAAUCAAAUCAAGCUCCUAGUCUUGUCGAUGACGAUGAGGAAUACGAGCCACAUUCGCCAACAAGCAGUUCGGUCUCUGACGACGAACACGAUGUUGGUGAAGUUCAAUUCGAAGUUCAAGGUGAUGACGAUGAUGCGCGAAGUGUUUUGCGCGGACCCGAGUUUCAACCCAAUUGCGCACAACCCGCUAGACCGACUCCGCAUGUUCGAAGACCUUCAGCUAUUCGUCGACAAGGUGAGGAUAGGGAAGAAAAGCAUGUCAGUUUUGUGAGCCCAAGUCCGGCACGAGACAUGCCAGCGGCUCGUCAAAGCGGAGACCGAAAGAGACGCAAGACUUAG